AUGACUUUGAAUCACGAGAAGCAGUCAACCAUGAGUCAAAAAAGUCAGUCAAGUAGGUGAAGGUUCAGGAAGGAGGCCAACACACGACUGGCAAGGAACCUCAGCACCGUGUGAUCAAGGUGAAAGGUCGUCAGGUGGAGGCUCACUGUGACCAGGAAGAAGAUCAAGUUGUCUGGUGCGACACAUUGCUGGCAGUAGACCUCAGGUAGACUAAAGCACCAGAAUAGGUUUGAACACCAAGUUAUCAAUGGGUAUUGACCCAUCCUGACGACCCUGCCAAGUUCAGCUGUCAUAGGUUACGUGCCUCUACAUCGCGUGACAUUGUUACUUCUCAUGUACUGCCUCCCUGGAAACUUAGGUGUGAUAAUAAAAGACUGUAACAACAAGAAGGUAGAAAUAUUUGAAGACUCACCUGCUCAAGUCACGUGUGGAGACAUCGCCAGUACAGCUGGUGUUAGCUGGCGAGGAGAUGGAGUCGACAUCGGAGUGUGUGGUGCUAACGGUACCUGUAUUCCUCCUUUGAACAACGACUACAGACUCAGCAGGUCACCGCAGUCAACGGAGAGUCAGCUGACCCUUGUCCCUGAUUACCGACGUCACGCGGGUGUCAUGGUCACGUGUGACGAAAAAACAUGGUUUGACCUUACAGCCACCUGUACUAUAGUCAUCAGACGUCACUCUGUCCUCAGUGAGUGUCACGUGACUACCAACAAUGUUGAUUGGACUGUAUCAGGUUCGUGUCGUGUACAGGAGGCUUUUCAUCGAUGACAACUAUUCUUGUUCCUGGAAACUAGACAAUGUGCAACCUACAUUCGGAGGGUUUGAUGCCAGUCGUGAGCUGUGUUCGUUCACACAAGCUCUGCCACAAGCCGGGGGACUGUACACCUACAGCAUUUCUGUGUCUCCUCCUGCUACUACAGCCUUUUUUAAGGAGCUGACACUAGUGGAACCAGGUGACAUAACAACAUCAUGUCCACAAGAGGUGGCCAGAGGAGGAGACCUGUCCUGUACAUGUCAGACGACAAACACCGCCAGUCCUCCAGCCACAGUGAGAUGGGAGGGACGAGACAGUGAGAAGCUGGUGAAGACUAACGUACAGCGGGAGGACAACGGCACACAGUUCACGUGUCACGUGACAUGGGCUGGGCGUGUCUACACCUCCAUCACCUACACUCUGCUGGUUAAACCUGUAGAGGGACCUACUGAUGUCGUCAUCAACGCAGACACUUAUCCAGGUUCCAACGGCUCACGUGUCGUGCUGUUGUCAUGCAAGGCGCAAGCUCCUCUCUACCCGGGAGCGAACUUUACCUGGAGUGGAACUGUAUGUCAUAAUGAAACACAUACUGUCAGCACCAGCACGUGUACCAUCAUGUUUGGUGCUCAGGAUGAUGGGAAAAGUGUGACGUGCACGGCUAUAAAUAGCAUCAACAGCGGGAUAUCAACCUCAACUACGGUGAUGUUGCGGAUAAAUGGGACGGGCUUUAUUGAAAUCGUGUUACUAACCCCAUCAACGACGACAUCCACUGGAGCAAUCGUUGGUGCUGUUGUCGCUGUUCUUUGCAUUGCUGUCAUCAUCUGUGUUAUCGUUGUUUUCAUCAGACGACAAAGGCACGUUAUUUUCAUAGCCUUUUCAAUCAGUGUCUUCAUCAGACCACAAAAACCCAAUUUAAAAAAAGCUCAAGAGGAAACAGCACAGAGUGAAGGGGAAAUAUACGAAAACUUUAGUUUCAAUGAUCCGACAAAAGUCUGCACUACUCAGCAAACAUCGUCAGUGAAGGAAGGACAGAAUCAGUCCAAUGUGUACGAGAACACACACAUACAACCAGUUCACAUCUACGAUACAACAUGUACAACAUAUGAACAACAUAAAUACGCCGACCUGACGGUGAAGGCCACACCAGAUGUCAAGGUCUCAGAAUAUGAGGUGCCCGAGAGAAAGGAGGGAGUUGUCUACUCUAAUGCGUGAUGACGACAUGCAAAGUCCAUUAACACAAAACAUGUGUUAACUUUCCUCUGCUCUUAUUUACAUUAUAGAAAAAAACUUAGAAAUUUUAAAACGUACUUUACAUCGUGGUGAGUCUUGAGUGAAGUAGCUGUUCAUAGUAAGCUUUUUCAUGGAUCUGAUCAUUUUGUACGAAUGUUCCACAAACUAACGGCGAACAAAUAAUUUAUCAUCAUUCUAAGGUUACUCCGUUUUCUCCUGACACAUCAAAGGACAGACUGCUCGAUGCUUUUCAGUCUCCACAACAUUAAGUUUUGUCUCUCAUCUUCUAUGACCACGAACAAUAAGAAAACUAUUAUUCUAACUUAUAUGUUGAUUUUCUGUAAUUUUCUUCUUCCAGCGCCGGUUUAUUCUUGUUUUUUGCUCACCGUCAUUUACUACUUUUAGUGACUUAUAACAUGCAACUUCUGGGAAUGGUAAAUAAAUCAAUCAAUAAAUAUGAUAGAUGACAGAGAAAUGAAACUGAGAUAACAUUUAAUCUGAAGAUGUGAAGUAGUAGUCGGCUGUACAACAUACUUUCUGUAUUAGUAUACUCUUAGGAUGGUUCUCUGUAACCCGGACAAGAAUUUUUGACAAGGUAUUCAACAUGAGUAAAAUAUGAGUUUCGUAUGUCAUCUUGAACGUUAAUUUAUCUAUAAAAACGGCGGUUGACAUCCUUAAUAAUGUGAGAUAAAAGUGAGCUUACAUGUAAUGUCACUAUUAAAAGACAGCCUUAUGUCACUUAGCGCUCAUUUAUCUAUCGCACAACCUUUGGUCUGUCAUUUUAGUUUGGUUUUCCUAAGUCGUCUUGACAUGUUGUGUCGAUGAUUGGCGUCGAUGAUCUUACUGAUAUGUGAAGAUACUCGGUAAUCAUCUAUAAAGACAGUUGCCUCAUUAGUCACCCAAUCCACCAAAGUCAUCGUCUCACUAGACAUCAUUAGUAGCCUGAUAUUCACGACAGGUUCACUGAAGGUCUUCUAUUUGUCGAGUGGACGGAGGAGUCUUGUAACAUUCACAUUUGGGUUUUUUAACAACAAAAAAGACAACGAGUACUAAGACUGCACAGGUCGUGUGACCAGUCGUCUUCAGUUAUUAACUUUCUUCACAAUGGAAAAAUCGACAGUGAAAUGGAUACAGCCAUUGUUAAUCAUGGAACAUUAAAGUUGUGUGAAUAAGGCUAGCAAUAAAUUAACCUUCUGCACAUUCGUACAUAAACAUAGUCAUUGCUGACUAUAUCUCUGUUUACAUGUCCAAGCCAUGAGAAAAACACAUCUCAAUAGCAUCACACACGUACUAACCUCUCAGAUCAUUCUCUGUCUACACACAUAGUCUAAUAGUUUAGUGGAAUCUUUUCACGUUAAGCUGUUCAACCUCAUUAGACAUGCAGAGUUCACAGGUUAACGUGCUGACUACUCGCAACAUUCCGGUAUGUGGUGAUUAUCAAAGCUCGGUGCUGUCUCAAUGGUAUAACCAUAAUUAAUAGAAACUAAACCGUCCUUGUCUACACAUUCUGUACCUAUAUAUGUUGGUAGAAAUUUACCCAUGAGGGGAUGAGACCUGGUGGUUCAGCCGAUGCCAGGGAUGAGAGUUAAAUUGAAUUGUUAAAUUGAUUUGCUUUUGCUGGUGAAAGCGACUGGGUGCCUUGUGUGUAUUUUUUCUUUGUUUUCUUUUUUGUAUGUUAAAUAUUAUAUUUUCAUGUGUAUCAUCUUGAUCAUAUUAAUGUUUAUGGUGCGUGGUUUUUAUAACAAUCAAAUUAAAAAAAAGCUAAGGAAAACAAGCUUGGUUAAGCACGUAAACAGCUUAGAUGUCAGAAUGUGUAUUCCUGACAUCACGUGACACCAAAAGCACAGUAAUGUCCUCUUCAACCAGCUUCCGACGAUCAUGCCGACUGUUCCGCCAACAGUGUAAUGAAUGGAGAGAGCGGAGCCUGCAUAGAGUAGACAGACUCUCACUGAGAGAUGUCAGCACCAACAUGAUCUCACCUAAAAUUACGAUGCGACCCACGCUGUCCACCUCAGCACCAUGGCCGACACGUCAACCCGCAGUUCUCCCAGCAAAUUAUCUCCGUGUACCACACGAUCAUCAUACCAAUGCAUCGAAUAUUAUCUGCGCACCUUAGAAGUAUCGUCAAUGAAGGAUGUGGCAUAUAGCUGUCACAGCGAUGGUUGUGAUGGAGGCUGCUACUGUUGACAGUUUUGAUAAUAAUGAAAAGAAAGUUAAUACUAUGAUGAUUUGUUAGCAGCGGUAGAAACGGUAAAUAAUUUGCACAUUCAAGAGCAUUCAAGGCACACCAGACACUCACUUGACACAAACAAGGGUGGACUACCCGUACCAGGCAUGAAUCUGGUGUCACAGACACUUCGCAGGUGUGUGAGCCUCGCCACUGACAGUUAACCUUCCUGGUUUAUAAAUAAGGUCUGUACAAGUCUACUCAUUCUAACUCCCGCUACUCACGUGUAAUGGACGUAUUAUUAAUUUUAGGUGAGUCAUUAUCUCUAAUGUUUCAUGUAAUGUCGCAAGGUCAGAUUUUAGAUGUGUCAGCACAUAUAACAGAGACAGUGUGUGUGAGAAGCAGGUAGAACAAGAGAAGAAUUAAUAAACAUUCACGGUAUUCUUAGUCAGCAACUGGUGGCCAAAUCUCCUCCUGAGGUCCUCGUCCACAUACAGUGAGUGCCACAGUCUAUUGUCAGUGAGACUCUGAGAACUUAGGUGACAGAGCAGUGCAGUCAGUGACUACAUGUGGUAGGAAGGUCAAGACAAGUUCUUGUGACUUGUAGGACACGUGACACCAGCUGACACACAGCCGGCGACACAAGGUCCGGGUAAACACGAGAUGUGACUACAAACAGGAAACACUGAGUGAGGUCAGUGUGCUUUACACAUCAACGACAGCACCACGACUAGCUUUGUGUGCUGCGACAUUCCCACUUCAAUCAUCUUCCUCAUCUGGCGGCGUCUGGACCCCUGUACACCUGUACCAUGUAUGUCGGCCUGUAGAUGUCAUGGAUAGCUCCAGGCUCAAACUUCUUGUUGUGUUGUGUGGCGUAUGUGGAACACAAGGUGUUCGAAUAAUUAACUGCAACAACAACAAGGUAGAAAUAUUUGAAGACUCACCUGCUCCAGUCACGUGUGGAGACGUCACCAGUAGAACAGAUGUUGUCUGGCGACGAGGAGAUGGAGUCAACAUCGGAGAGUGUAAAGUUGACGGUACCUGCACCAGUGACUUAUACAACGACUACAGACUCAGCAGGUCACCGCAGUCCACGGAGAGUCAGCUGACCCUUGUCCCUGAUUACCGACGUCACGCGGGUGUCACGGUCACGUGUCUGGACAGAUGGAGUGACUCCACAGCCUCCUGUACUCUCGUCAUAAAACGUCACUCUGAGCUCAGUGAGUGUCACGUGACCACCAACCCUGUGGACUGGACUGUGUCAGGUUCAUGUCGUGUACAACAAGCUUUCUCCUCUGAUAACAUCUACACCUGUACAUGGACACGGAACACAGGGCAGACAUUUGGAGGGUUCGAUGCCAGUCGUGAGCUGUGUUCGUUCACACAAGCUCUGCCACAAGCCGGGGGACUGUACACCUACAGCAUUUCUGUGUCUCCUCCUGCUACUACAGCCUCUUAUCAGCAACUGAAAUAGUGGAACCAGGUGAGGUAACAACCACGUGUCCACACUGGGUGGUGAGAGGAGGAGACCUAUCCUGUACAUGUCAGACGACAAACACCGCCAGUCCUCCAGCCACAGUGAGAUGGGAGGGACGAGACAGUGAGAAGCUGGUGAAGACUAACGUACAGCGGGAGGACAACGGCACACAGUUCACGUGUCACGUGACAUGGGCUGGGCGUGUCUACACCUCCAUCACCUACACUCUGCUGGUUGCAUGGGCGGGGAAUGUCAGUGUCGUAUCCACAACAGAUUCCCUCUCACCAACAUCAGACUCCCUCGCAUCAUCAUCAGCUGUCAUCGGACCGAUCGUCGGCUCAGUUGUCGCUGUGGUUGAAAUUGCAGUUGUCAGCAUUUUGCUUGUCAUUUUCAUCAGGCGACGAAGACGACACUCAGAGAAGGAAGCAGCUCAGUACCCGAGGGAAAGCCAUGAGGAACCAGGACUGUACGCGCACUUUACUCCUCCUGCUGAUAACCAUGGUUACGAAGAUCUCAUUGUGAGGAACACCACUGAGGACAGCGCUACUACACAGGUGUCAGCGGCCAUCAUGUAUGAGAACACACAGAGACUCGCAGACCAAACAUACGACACACCGUGCCCACCGUGUGAAGACCAUCAGUACACUGAUCUUAAGGUGAAGACUACACAGUGAGUCAAGACCACAAGAAAGUGAGCGAAAAAGCUUGUCGAAGAAGGAAGAAAGGGCCAGCAUCAUCUACAUUAAUGUUUAAUGACACUGUCACAAACACUCUGAAAACCAUGUUGUUGACUUUUCCUCUCUUUUUUAUAUUUACAAAAACAAUUUUUAAAGCGAAUUUCCCUUAAUUUACUGCCGAAAAUUGAUUUAAGAUAUAAACGGAUGUAAAUGUUAAA